AUGGCAGAACAAACAGUAAACGCCGCCGCAACAAUCACCACUAGCGCUGACUCCGUCAAAGUACCAGUGUGUGUCACCGGAGCCAAUGGCUUCAUAGGAUCAUGGUUAGUGAGAACCCUAUUGGUUUGUGGCUACACCACCAUUCACCUCUCUAUAAUGCCGGGCUCCGACCCUUCUCACCUCUUCUCCCUCCCCGGCGCCAAUAACCCCGCCGUCAGACUGGUGGUUCACGAGGCAAGUCUUUUUGAUGCUGAUUCAGUGGCUAAAGCCAUUGAGGGCUGCACUGGAGGCGGUGUCUUCCACGUGGCGUCUCCUUGCUCGCUGGAGGACCCCGUGGACCCACAGAAGGAGCUUGUGGACCCUGCUGUCCACGGCACGAUGAAUGUACUAGCCGCCGCUAAGAGAUUUGGUGUGCGGCGCGUGGUGCUCACUUCCUCCAUCUCCGCCAUGGUUCCUAACCCAGGCUGGCCUGAGGGCGAAGUGUUCGAUGAAUCCUCGUGGACUGACCUUGACUAUUGCAAGUCUCGCCAGAAAUGGUAUCCUGUCUCGAAAACUUUGGCUGAGAAAUCUGCAUGGGAAUUUGCAAAGAAAAAUGGAUUGGACGUGGUAGCAAUCAAUCCAUCUACAUGCCUUGGCCAACUUUUGCAACCGGGUUUAAAUGCAAGUUGUGCAGUAUUGCAACAGCUCCUGCAGGGAUCGGAAGAUACACAGGAGUACCACUGGCUUGGGGCUGUGCAUGUCAAAGACGUAGCGAAAGCACAAGUACUGCUAUUUGAAACCCCUGCUGCAUCUGGUAGAUACCUUUGUACCAAUGGCAUUCAUCAGUUUGCUGACUUUGCAAAGAAAGUUUCGGAACUUUUCCCCGAGUUUCCAGUUCACAGAUUUACAGGCGAAACACAACCGGGUCUGGUGGGUUGCAAAGAUGCAGCAAAGAGACUGAUUGAUCUGGGAUUGAGUUUCACGCCUGUUGAAGAUGCUGUUAGGGACACGAUUCAUAGUCUUAAAACAAAUGGCUUCCUCGGGAAUGCAGAUUUGUGA